CUUUCCCCUCGCAGAUCUCACCCACCGUCUACCUCUCAGUUUCGAUCGCCGUCGAGCUCCACCACGCUUAAUUGUCCCCAUCAGGGCGGGAGCGGGGGCGGGGGCGACGGGCCCAGCUACCUACCGGUUCCUUCCUCUGAAUCGGCCAAUCGGCCGCAGCUGUUCUUGGCCCAGCUGCUCUGCUCUUGUCGAGGGAUGGUCCAGUACUCCUCCAACAAGGCUCCCCGCCGACAUUAAGCUACUGUGCCUUAGUUAGCGCUGCCGAUUCGGGGUUGCUUGCUCUCUGGGCCGUGCCCGCUGUCCUCCCAUGGGCUGCACGGGGUCCAGGCACGCGCUGCGCGGCGGCGUCCGGUCGCCGCACGCGUGGGGCCGGAGCCGCUCUGGCCGCGCUCACCACACCGUCGCGCUCAAGUCCUCCACGCUGGGCUCGCUCAGCCUCGAACGGGACGAGGAGAUGAUGAAGUGGCGCGACGACGGCGGUGCCGGCGCCGCGAAGACGCCGCAGCUGAUGCGGCGGCAGAAACAGGUGCCAGGCUCGCCGGCCCGCGAGCCCGAGGUGAUCAACGUGUGGGAGCUCAUGGACGGCCUCGACGACAGGGACGAGGAAGGCGACGACGCCAACGCCGGCGGAGAGAAGCCGGCCCCAGGGUCGCCCGCGUUCGAUCCGGACGUCGUCGCCGCGUUCCGGAAGGCGCUGGACGAGAUACCCCCUCCGCCGGCCCCGGACGGCCCCGGCAACGACGAGGAGCGUAUCAAGAAGCCUGACGGCCCGGGCGCGGGGGGCGGCGGCGACGAGGUGUGCGUUAGGAAGCGCGAGAUACAGAGGUUCCCGGGCAUCGUCCGUGCGCGGGUCAGCGCGUUCCAGCAGAGGAUCGACGCGAAGCUCGCCAAGCUGGCGCCGCCGCCGCCGGCCGUGCCGCCCCCGCCGGACAGCGCCCGGAAGGUGGUGGUGUACCUGACCAGCCUCCGCGGCGUCCGCAAGACGUACGAGGACUGCUGGUCCACCAGGUCCGUCCUCCAGAGCUACGGCGUGCGCGUCGACGAGCGAGACCUGUCGAUGCACGCGGGGUUCAAGGACGAGCUCCACGCCGCGCUGGGCUCCAGCGCGGGCAGGCUCCCGCAGGUGUUCGCGGACGGCAGGCACCUGGGCGGCGCCGAGGAGAUCCGCCGGAUGCACGAGGCCGGCGAGCUGUCGGAGGCGCUCGAGGCCUGCGAGAUGGCGCCCCCGCCGAGCUGCCCGGGCGGCAAGGGCGUUGCCCUGGAGGCGUGCUCCGGCUGCGGCGGCGUGCGGUUCGUGCCCUGCGAGGAGUGCUCCGGCAGCUGCAAGGUGUUCGUCGAGGAGGCGGGCACAUUCAGGCGGUGCCCCGAGUGCAACGAGAACGGGCUGGUGCGGUGUCCUCUCUGCUCCUUGUGAAAAAUCUCAGAGCUGCUCUGCUAUUGCUAUGGGUUAUGAGAUUUGUAGUGUGCCGUGUGGGUUACUGGGUUUGUAAGAUUUUGCUGAGGAGUAAUUUUCGUUCUAGCUGCGAGGGUCUGUACAGAAGUUACACGCAUGUGUAACUUUAUUGGGUAGGACUGAUGAAGCGACAGAUGACCGUAUUUAUGUUUUUGUU